AUGGCACCCUCAGCUGUGGACAAUGCCUUGCAAAUGAUCGGCAACACGCCGAUCUUGAGGCUUAAGCGUGUUGUUCCAGAGGGCGCCGCCGAAGUGUACAUCAAAAUGGAGAGUAUGAACCCGACCGGGUCGUACAAGGACCGAAUGGCCCGUUCGAUCGUAGAAGAGGCAGAGCGGCGGGGAGAUCUCCAGGCCGGGAUGACCAUUGUCGAAGCCACUGGAGGCAGCACGGGCUCGUCGCUGGCGUACGUGUGCGCCGUCAAGGGCUACAAGUUUGAGGCCGUCUGCUCCGAGAUCUUUGCCAUUGAAAAGCUCCGAACCAUGACGGCCCUCGGCGCCGGUUUGACGCUGAUCAACAGUCCCACUGGCAAGCUCACCCCGGACCUGUUCCCCAGGAUUAAGGACCGUGCAAGAGAGCUGGCACAGACGCCGGGCUUCUAUGCUGCCGAUCAAUUCAACAACCGCGACGCCCUGGUCGGCUACGCGCAUCUCGGAAACGAACUUCUUGAGCAGCUCCCCAACGGCAUCGACGCCUUUUGUGCUGCUGUCGGCGGCGCUGGAAUGCUCAUGGGUGUGUCCAAGGUGCUCAAGGCCAAAUUGCCAGAGUGCAAGGUGGUCGUGUUGGAGCCAGCAUCAUCACCCUACAUUACGGAGGGGAAAGCAGGAACUCACGGCGUCGAGGGCAUCGGCAACGCGUUCAAGCUGCCACUGCUCGAAGAUGACCUGUGGGAUGAGGCCAGGGCCAUUGACGAGCAAGAGGCGCGCGCCAUGUGCCGGCGGCUCGCCAAGGAAGAGGGAAUUCUGGUGGGGACCUCGACUGGCUUGAACGUGGUCGCCGCUAUCAAGCUGGCGGUGGAACUAGGAGCGGGAAAGACGGUGGCCACAGUCGCCUGUGAUACUGGCCUCAAGUACAUGAGCGGGCCACUGUUUACGGACAGCUGA